AUGAACGAACAGUACGCCAACAACGGUGGUUAUAACCGCGUCGACGAGCGCACCAAUCCGUUCAACGACCGCGCUCCAUACCGCGAAGAACACGAGAUGGAUCAUUACGAGAACAAUCGCCAAAACAACCCCAACGCCAUCCUCGAUGAGUGCCGCGAAGUCGAUCGCGCCCUCGACCAGCUCGACCAAGACCUUAACAACCUCGAUGGCGUCUUCAGGAGAUCGCUGGCACGCCCUGAUAUGCCCUCGGGCGAGAUCAACAGGCUCAGUUCGGACAUCAUGACAAGCUACCGCGGUCUCGUCAGCCGCGUGAAGAACAUGAAGUCGAAGCCCGCAUCUGGCGAACCUAGGAACGCACCACAAGUAGGAAAGAUAGACCGCAGACUCAAGGCGACAAUCCACAGGUACCAGACGCUCGAGUCGGACUUCAGGAACCAGUCCCAAGCAGCUGCUGAACGUCAGUAUCGAAUCGUGCGUCCAGAUGCGUCAGACGCAGAGGUCAGGGAGGCAGUUGCCGACCCUGACGCGCCUAUCUUUCAGCAAGCUCUUCUCAGCUCCGACCGCCGCGGCCAGGCUAGCUCCACUCUGCGCAACGUCAAGGAGCGCCACGAGGCGAUCCAGAACAUCGAGCGCCAGAUGGUCGAACUCGCCCAGCUGUUCCAGGACCUCGACACCAUGGUGCAGCAGCAGGAACCUCUCGUCGCCGACAUUGAGCAGAAGGGCGAGGAGGUGCGCGAGAACAUGACCAAGGGCAACGAGGAGAUUAGCACAGCGAUCGUCAGUGCGCGCUCGCGUAACAGGAAGAAGUGGUGGUGCCUGCUCAUUUGCAUCAUCAUCCUCAUCAUCAUUGCGGUUGCAGUCGCGGUCGUCGUCACAAACGGCCAGAAAGCCAAGGAAGCGACGCUGGACCCGUACCCUGUAUAA